AACUAAAUAGUAUAUAAAUUAUUAGGAGUUUGAAGUGUUUGAACAUUGACCACAUCCAAAUUAAAUAAUUCUAAACUUUAAAUUUACUAUUUAGGUGGUUGUCUUUAAGAAUAUUUUAACACAUUUUUCUUAGUUUUCAAAUUUGCUUUAGCAUUAAUAGUAUUUCUUCAAACAAAUAAAAAUGGAAGAACUUAAAAAAAUUCCUCCAAUGGAACAACGUCAAUUAGUUACAUAUAUUAAUCAUUUUAUCACGUCUACUGUAACAUUCUUAAACAAUUUCAUGACACACUGUGAAGCAAAAAUGAUGAAAUCCGAACAACGCUUACAAAAAAUUUCAGCAUCUCUGUGUAUAUUAGAAACUAAGUUAAAUUCUAUUCCUGAACUUCGAGAACUCCAGGCACCUCAAAUUCAAACAAGUGAACCUCCUGGACGUCAAUUAAAAGAUAAUUCACUUAAUACUGAAGUAUCCAAUGAACAUAAUAAAGCUGAGGCAACCAAUGAACUUAUUAAAACCGAAACAACUGACAAACACAGUAAAACUGAAGAAAAUAUAUCAGAACCAACUGUUAUUGAGACUACUAAUGAGCCUACUGUGGAUCCAACUAUAUUAAAAUAUCGUAAAAUGAUCCAAUUUGGUGUACCUAGAGGUGCUGUUGAAUUAAAAAUGGUCAAUGAAGGAUUAGAUCCCAAACUAUUGUGAUAAAUUAAGUAUUUAUGUAUCUAUUAUUAUUUAUAAAUUUAUAAUUUCUUGUGUAAUGGUUUAUAAAACAAAGCAUUAAGAAAAUCAUUUUAUUUUUUUACAUAAACAUUGUAUAUUUAUAUUGUUACCACAUAAUGAAUUUAAUUGUAUAAGAACCAUUUUUAGUACCAUAUUUAAAAAAGAAAACUAGAAAACCUGUAUGGUGUUGCUAUACCAUUGUUAUGUUAUCAAAAGUUUUUCUAUACACAAUAAUAAUAUUAAUAACAUAUUUAUAUUUUUGUUCUUAGGAAACAUUACCCUUUGACAUACCUGCAAUGUCUCCAUAAAUAUGCCUCUGUGAUAAAAUAAUAAAUAAUUAUUCUAUAAGACUUAUAUAAUGAUAAAUUGUUAUAAAAAAAAAAAAAUUAUUGUUAUGUUUAACUUGUAUUAUAUUUAAAAUAUAAUUAUACAUUUUUUACUGAA